AUAACACUGAGAGAGAAAAUAAAAGCAGAGACUUAUUAUUACUGUAAUAAAUCAAAGAUGUUAUUCUCCAAGCUUUGAGGGAAGGCGAUUGUGACGUAUGUGGCUGUGCUUUCUUCUGAUUGGCUGAAAGUUAUGUUGGGCACGUCCAUUAUAAAAAGUAAAUUUACCAAAUGGAUUGUAUUCACAGUCCACUCUCAAACUGUUAGUUUGCUAAUCUUCUCCAUAAUUUAGGAUAAGUGAUCUUUAAAUAUUUUUAAUGUUUUUGUAUUAGUUUUUUUACUUGAACACCAUAAACAUCUUCUCUGCGAACACAUUUGUAUACAUUGAGUCAGAAUGUCCCAUAGCUGUCGUCUGCUUUGUGGUUUUUUAAUGAGCUGCAUCGGCUGGACUGGUAUUAUAAUAGCGACCUCAACAAACGACUGGGUGGUGACCUGUAAAUACGGCAUGCACACCUGCAGGAAGAUGGAUGAGCUGGAGACUAAGGGCUUGUGGACAGAGUGCGUCAUCUCUACUGCUCUCUAUCACUGCCUCUCACUCAACCAGAUCCUCGAUAUACCAGCUUACAUCCAGACGUCUCGCGCUCUGAUGGUCUCCUCCUCUCUGCUCGGUCUGCCGGCUUUGGCGCUCGUGCUGCUGGCGAUGCCAUGCGUCAAACUGAGCCAAGAGACUGAAGGCACCAAACACAGACGCGCAGUCCUAGGAGGACUUCUUAUACUGUUCAUAUCUCUGUGUGGGAUGGUGUCGACGGUGUGGUUCCCCAUCGGAGUGCUUCACGAGGACGGCCUGAUGUCAUUCGGAUUCUCCCUGUAUGCUGGCUGGGUCGGUUCAGCCUUUUGUUUUUUUGGCAGCUCGGUGAUGAUUUGUUGCUCAAGGGCCGACGGCCCAAGUCAAAAUCCCGAAAACCGCUACUACUACUCAAAACACAGCGGAGUUACCAACUCCGGCCCUCCUAUUAACAGCCAUGCCAAGAGUGCACAUGUGUGAAUGUGAAGACGCACUGGAUAAGACCGCAGGCUCCUUACCUCAAGAUUUGAACACACACCAAUCAAAUAUGUGAAGAAUUUGUUUUCUACUGCCAUGGUUUGACUGCAAACAUGUGAAGAUUUGGCGGGGACAGAGAAUUCGGUGGAAACUGUUGAACAUUAAAGGCUUUGUUUGAACAGACACUGAAAAGAAUUCAAAGGGAAACAGUUCUCGAUUCCCUAGGCAUGUUUUUUCAUGGAAGUAUUUACACAGUAUUAAUUUCGCUCCUAUAUUUUUUCAGUGACUUUCUUUUAACUUUUUUUUUUUUUUA